AUGCAUGCAAAUAAUGAAUGGCACACUAUUUCCAACAAUGUAAAACAGUUUGAAACCCUUCAUGAUAUCCCAGCAGAAGUUCCUAUUGAGAAGCAAAGGAGAAAGAAGAUUUGUGACGGUGUGUUUAAUGAUGUUACUCUAAUUUUAUUUAUCACAUUUACAGAAAGUGUGUAUAAACUUCCCGAUGAUGAUAACACAUUCUAUGCAGUAUUCACAACUUCAUCAAAUGGGUUGAUUGGUUCAGCCAUCUGCACAUUCAGCCUUGAAUCCAUCCAGGAAGUGUUCAAUGGAAAGUUCAAAGAACAAGCCACAUCCUCCUCAGCAUGGCUGCCUGUCAUCAGUGUAAAGGUUCCAGAGCCUCGUCCCGGACAAUGUGUUAAUAACACCCAGACACUGCCAGAUUCGGUGCUCAACUUUAUCCGUGGACAUCCUCUGAUGGACUCUGCAGUUGCCCAGGAAAAUGGAAAACCCGUGUUUUAUAAACGAGAUGUGAUCUUUACCAAAUUAGUUGUUGAUAAAUUAGAAGUUGACGGGGUUUCUUACACUGUUUAUUAUGUAGGAAGUGUGGAUGGACGUGUGUUCAAGGUGGUUCAAUGGCAUGAUGGAACAGAAGAAGCACACUCCAAUAUUGUGGAUAUCUUCGAUGCCACAUCUCCUGAAAAGAUUCGAAAUAUGGAAAUCUCUAGCAAGCACAAAUCACUUUAUGUGGCUUCCAAGUCAAUGAUUCGUCAGUUUGAUUUGGUGAUGUGCAAAAAGAGAUAUGAGACUUGUCUGCAUUGCACGCAAGACCCUUAUUGUGGAUGGGACAAGGAGCGUGGUGAAUGUCGACCCUAUAAUCGAGGGUACUUGCAAGAUGUGACCAAAACCAUACCAAACAUUUGUGAAGAUUGUGAAAUAAAGAAGAUUUUCAAUGUCUAUUGGGGCCAAAGUGUGCAUCUUGCAUGCACAGUGCGUAUAGAGGAGAUGAAGAAGCUAGAGCUUGGCCCUAUUCAGUGGGUGCAUUAUGGCCAAGACAAAGACAAGGUUUUGGUUAGCCAGCAAAGAGACAAGUACAUUAUUACCUCUCAUUAUGGGUUAGUAAUAAUGACUGUUACUGACCGUGACAGUGGACGGUAUGACUGUAUAGUGGGACCUCACACCAUGUGUACUUACAAUGUCACAGUGGACACAAAAACAUGCAACCCUCCGACGGAGCUGGAAUACAAGCAAGUCUACUCCAGCUGGUGUCGAGAGUUUGAAAAAUACAAGAUGGCCAUGAACACUUGGCAACACAAGCAGAAUAAAUGUCAAGCAUAUUUAAAUGAUGUGAUUUACAGCAGAGCGCCAUCUAUCUGAAACUGUGCAUUUUAAGAUCCAGUCUUUUAGACUAAUGAUGGUAUAAUGCAGUUGUGUUUUUGGAUCCUGGAGAUAAUAAUAAGCUACAUAUGGUUCUAGUGCACUUCAAAAACCUUUGUAUAAAGAUUAAAAAGAAAUGGAAAACAAAUGUGCAUGGAAGGCUUGAGUUCUCAAAAUGACAUUUUUUUUUUUGUUCAUUCUGAACGUUUCUGACUGUGCAUUUUUAUGUCUGAUCCAACAUGAUUCUCUUCAUUAUUUAAGCUGGUUGGAUAAGAAUAGCAGUUUCAACAAAUGUUCAAAUAAUUACCAAGAUUUUGAAAACAGCAACAGAUGGAGAGAGACCAUUGUAGUUUGAACAAGUUUGUACAUUUAUAUGCAUCAUACAUAUUAUUUGUAACACUUUUGUCAUUGAAUUGAUGAGAACUAUCGUGAAUAACAGCAGUAUAUUAGGAGAGUUAAUAAAAUGUUCAAUAAUGGUUGUGAUCACGAGUUGUAUCUUCACGGUUUCAGUUAUUUUAAGAGCAUUUACUUUACUUUAAUACAAAAUAUUGCUUUAUUUAAACAAAACAUACAUAUAUAUUUUUCUUUUCUGUCACGUGUGUAAUAUAACAAGCUACAACUAGUAAUCAGACUUAUGCAAAGGAUUGCUAAAAAUAAUAUUUUCAAUGGUGUCUUUUAAACAGGUUUCUCUUUUACAAGUUGUGAUUAUUGACAUCAGCUUUCUGCAAAACUUUGUACCCUUUAGAAAUUUGUAAAUUAUAAUAUGUUACUUUGUUACUAGUUGAGCCAGAAUUGAAGGUAUUCAAAAUUAAAUUAUUGUCUUGGUACUGCUUCGGUAGUUGUGUAAAGAAGUUGAUGGAUUAAGAUACUCAGGAUACUCUUAUUCCAUAUUCUGGAAGUGGGUAGGAAUAAUCAUAAUGAAAUAUUAAUUUUAUUACAUUAAUUACUAACUGAAAUGAUGAUUAUGUUUUAAUUUGUUCAGAACUCAUGGAAAGAAACCAUAAAUUGGAUAUUUUUUUACGUCUUUUGCCUUCUUUAGUGUAAAGUUAAGAUUUAUAAUAAUGCUAUCAAACUGUUACCAUUCUAUAACACAUUGAGUGAAAAAGAUGUACUGAAAUAUCGUACAUUCCUUUGUAAAGUAUCCUCUUAUAUCCUAAAAAUUCCAUUUGUUUUUGCUAUUUAAAUUUUCUUUUAUUGUUAACUUAUUGACUGUAGCUUCUUUAAACACAUGCAGAAGUUUUGCAAGUCGUACACUGUAAAUGGCACACUUGCAUUCAACUUCCGGAGGCUGAUAAUACCCUAUAUGGUGAAUCAGCAGUCAAUGGGUUAAUGCUUAAGAGCUUGUACAUACCAUUGUAAGAAAUAUGUAAAUUUGUGUUCCAAUUUUACGUGUUUACAAUAUUUUAUUAAUGAAGUACACUGGUUGUGAAGAUUGACACUAUUUCCAGAUAGGAUGUUUAUCAGUCAAAAUAAAAACAUUCUUUGCUCAGAUAAAGAAAAAUGUGUAGAAAGCAAUACUGUGUAAUAUCUUUUGAGUCAGCUAGAAAAAAACUCUCUUUGUAAAAGAUUAAGUAGUAUGUAAAAAGUAGUUGAAAUUGAAGCAGUUUGAGACAAUUGAUAUAUAUAUAUAUAUGUGUGUGUGUGUGUGUGUGUAUUUUAAUAUAUUAAAUUUUUCAAUUUUUUCAAUGAAAUGUAAAAUUUGUUUUGUGAAGUGAAAAACAAUACUAGUUCAUAACCUAAAGUUCCAAUAAUACUCACCUCCUUUCACACUAUAGCUAUUACACAACUGCUAGGGUUUCCUUCCUUUGCCCAUUUAAGCAUUGGUAUGACUUUUUUUUUGCUUGCUCCAGUGUUUUAUUUCCCAUGUAAUUGCCCUUGGUGAUAUCUGUCGGUGAUACUCUCCACUUAUGUUGGAUCACCCUCUAUUCUGGUAUUGCGUAUAAGCAGCUCAUUCAGAUAAUAUUACCACUUUUUCACAACCAAACGUUCCCUAACUUGUUUUUCUGUACUACGACCAGUGGAGAUACUUUAAGCAUUCUUCGUGUUACAUUUUUGAUUUUUGUUAAAAAACAAUAUUUGUUUGGCAAGCCAGUAUAUGGGAUGAAUUCCCAGAUUACUCUUUCUGGCACAGAAACAAAUCAGAUCUCUUCGAUCCCAUCUUUGAUAUCUAGUGUUACCCAACAUUAGGGGGGGAGUCUCAGUUGAGGCUAUUUGUAGUGAGAUGGAAACAUAUAUAAGGUCUGGUGGUGUUUACUCCAGGGGACUCCGAAGCUGCACUUGUGGGCAAUCCUGGACACACUGGAGAAAAUUUAGAUUUGCUUUUCCAGUCCCUUCCAAUUCUCUGUUGGCUUCUCGUGAGGACAAUUUGGAUCAGCCACUUCUGGCUCCUUUUCUUCACUUGGUCAAUCACUAUGCAAUGUUUUGGGUCUUUCUCUAGUUGCUUUUGAGUCUGUGUCUUCCUUGAUGGCAGAAAGGUCUGAAAGCGAAUACUUAGUUCUCCUUCCAUUCCCUGAUAUUGUAGUUCCUGCGGGGAUGUUUACUACUCAGUUACGUGAAUGGACAGCUAUGCCUUGUCAACCACGUUUGUUGUAAGAACAUGCUUUAGCCUACCACCCGCUAGGUAGAUCCAUAUUUAGAUUUUCAAAGAAUAGACCUACUCCUGGAAAUGUGGGAUUACAGAAGGGAGUCUGUGGUCAACCUGAAUAAAUCACACUUUUCUAGGAUUCGUCUGACCCUAACUACAGCUCUGAGAUAUUUAUCAUCACUCUAACUAUUGUCAGAAGCCUCUCAGUGACUGCUACAUCAAUUUGAUGACGAGUUGGGACCAUUGUUGCCACCUACCUUGGUUUGAUUGUCAGCUCCUGCAUUUUCCCUUAUAUCUUGGCUGGUAUGUUGUUAGGAUUUGUUGGUUAGAGAUGCAUUGUUGGAGGAUCUACUGGCUGCCACCCUUCGUGAGUUACAUGAGGCCCCCUUUCUCUGACCCUUGGUUUUUGGAGGUGUUCCAGAGUCUUUGGAUUCAAGAGGUGAUGUCGCCUGUCUGCAUUUAUCCCUGUCAUCAUUGGCUUCUCAACUUUCCUAGCCUCAUAUAUGGGUCAUAGUUCUGCCCCUAUUCGAGUGUCCCAACCCCCGACAUCAGCCCCCUCAGUCCAUUGGUAGCCAGAAUAGAUUCCACCCAUAUGCAUGAGGUUCCUCCACUUGGUUGGAACACUGUCAGUAGCAGUGGUAACUACCAUAUGUCUCUGGACAUGUGUAAAACCUUUACCAUGUUACUACAGGUCUUUGCAUCAGGAUUAAUCAUUCAGUUCACAUCUCCUCCAUCAUUAUCCCCCAACCUCCCACAGAUCCUCGGAUUUGGAACGUUGUUUCAGGGUUAUCAGAUAUUUUUUCGCUAAGAGGUAGUGGAAAAAGUCUUUUUCAACACAUACCUCAAUUAGACUCAGCUGACUCUCAUCAGGUUCAAUGUUAUGGAACAGGCAGUCUGACUCUUACUUCUUCUUCCACUGUGCAGAUGAUUCUAUCUCUUGUGGGAAUGUAGGAAUCACUCGAGUCUCUCAUUUAUUUAGGACAAGUACACAUGGGAUCUCUUCAGUGGGGUCUACAUGACCAAUGGAUCAUGAGCAAUAAUCCACUGUAUACCCUAGUCUCCUUAUCGAGGAUCAGCAUUUUUGAUCUCGGGUGGUGGUUAGAUUGGUACAAUACUAUGAUAAAUGUUCCUCUGCCACCACCUCAUCCAGAGAUCCAUCUCUUCACAGGUACCUCAAUUCUGGGAUGGGUGCAUAUCUCAAUGGUCAGCAAUUCCAGGACCUAUGGACAGACGACGAGGCUUUCCUACACAUAAAUGUUUUAGAACUCCUUGCUGUUCAAGGGGCGAUGUCCCAAGCUCUGGACUUAUUAAGGGGAAAAUCAUCAUGCUUCACUCCAACAAUUCAAUGGUUGUGUCUUAUGUUUCCAGUCAAGGGGCACUUGGUCGAGAUAUCUCUGUUUAUGAAUACUGAAACUUCUUUAUUGAGCCCACUCUCAUCAUACCAUCCUACUAGCAUGCCAUGUUCUGGGGUGAUGAAUUUGGUAACAGAUCAAUUGUAUAGAUCCAACUGGAUUCUCCUGACAGAAUGGAUGCUGCAUCACGAGGUUUUUCCAUUGAAUUUGCUCUUAGUUCAGGACACCAAUAAUUGAUGCAUUUGUCACUCAUUGGAACACUCAACUGUUAGAGACUGCAAAUUGGUUCAGUCUUGAAAACGUGAUAAUAUUAUCUGAAUGAGGUGCUUAUCGAGAGUACCAGGAUAGAGGGCACAUUGACAUAGAAUGAGAAUGUCAGUCGAGAAUAGCUGUAGUGUGAGAGGAGGUAAGUAUUAUUGGAAAUACAUUUUGGAUUUAAGAAAAUGUUAACUUCUAUAUUCCAAAAAAUCUGACUUAACACAAGUUGUAUUAAUAUUAGAACUUUUUUUUUUAAAUAUUAACAUUUAAAAUAUGUGGAAAAUUUCUGUCUUUUGUAUAAAUAUUUUUACUUGUGUAUAUGUUUUUUGCUUAAUUUCUUUCAAGUCGUUAUGGGAUAACCAAUAGGAAAAUAAGCCUUUUUGUACCAUUUUAACAUAUCAUACAAAAUUAUCUUAGUAUUAAAGUGUGUUUGGGUGAAUAUUUCAAAAGAAGAGUUUAAGUUUAUUUCAGCUAAAAUAUUUUCUACAUGUUCAUAGUGAAUACAAAUUACGCUUGCAUGCCUGUGCCAAAUAGCGUUACCUCCAUCUAUCCACAUGAUAAUGAUAAAAAAAUUUUUAAGAAAUGAUAUAUAAAAUUUUAACAAUGCUAUACACAAUGUUUUGACUAGCUUGUUACAUGUAGUGUGAUACACGUUUAAAAGCUUGUAGCUUAAUUCUGAGAAUAAACCUUGUUUGUGUACCUGGCUUUGUUUGUCUGUUAUAUAUGUUUGGAUUGUAAAAGAUUUAUUUAAGCUCUAAUUUUGAUAUGAUACAACCCUUCUCACCCACGAAAGAUUUUCCUGAUCUUCAUCUGUGCUCUAAUGCAUUGAAAAAAUUUAUGCUUGCUUGACUCACUAGUCUUUAUACCCCUCAGUUCAAGCUGCUCAUUUAGCAUGCGUAGUGCAUGUCAUGAUACUCCACCAAUAGAAGCAAGAAGCACACUCCUGGAGCAGCUGGCUCCCUAUAUAUUACAUUUUGUCUAUGUCACUUUCUCGAUUGGCACCAUAUGAGUUAGACAUGUUUCUCCCUUAAUUUCAUUUUUCAAUACUGACUACACUUGAUUUUUUAAAUAUGUGUGCUUUCAUUCUAUCUUGAAUUAAUUCAUGAUACAGAUUUUGUUCUCUGUUUCACGCACUCACUGCACAGAUACAUUUACCACUCAUCUUGGUGAUGUUCUGCUGCUUUCUAGUUUCCGGUUCCUUGAUCUCUAACUUUGGGUUGAUCUACAUUUUUUCUAGUAUGGAGGGCUUUCCAUUUUAUGCCAUCCCACCUAUACAUCUAAUCCCUUAACAUAUGUCUUUCAUCCACAUCUAUUCCUGUCAAGUUCUCUGGAUUGCUCAAUUUUACUGGCUCAGACUUGGUCUCCACUGUUUGUAAGGGAGUCUCUGCCUUUGCACCAUUUUCCAUCCCUUCUCUUUCCAAAAUUUGUUCCUGGUCAGUUCCAGAUUGCCUUCUGUUUCCUGUGCAGGCUCUGUGGAGCUAUGUUGUUCAAAUGGCUUCCAUUUGUUGCUCUUGUUCCCGUUUGUUUCUUACCUGGAUCCUUUUAGUGUUUCUUGACCUUUCCCCCAUCACUAUUAUGGGUUGGGUUCGCCAGCUUAUUCAGUUGGUUUACUGAAUCCCUUUCCACUGUAGGUCUCCUUCUUUACAGUGUCUCCUCUUAUCUGUUUUAACAUGUCACCUUGUUUCUAGUAACUCAAUUUUGUCAUCCUUUGAAGGAGGUUGGACUGUGGACUACUACUCAUACUCUUGUGUCUCAUUACUUGUUUCAUCUGGAUGUACCCUUCUAUGGUGGAUAUUGUUUCCCUCCAGUGAUGAUUCUCCAUGCUUCAGUGUGACUCUGCCUUGGGUCGGUGUAAUUUUACUGUUAUUUGUUUUCAAGGGACCUCUCCUUGUAUCUUCAUUACAUAUUCAGAUCUCGCUCAGUGGCUAGUGUUGCCUGGUCAGGUAUGCCUUACUUUAA